AUGAACCUGGUUUUCGCCAUUAAAGGAAAAAGGUUCGAGCUUGACCUCUCCUCCGUCGACCCUUCAACAACAUUGUUAGAGUUCCUUCGAUAUCAGACUCCUUUCAAAAGCGUUAAGCUUAGCUGCGGCGAAGGAGCAUGUGGUGCUUGUGUUGUUCUUCUCUCCAAAUACGAUCCUAUUCUAAAAACCGUCGAAGAUCUCACAGUCAGCUCUUGCAUCACGCUCCUCUACAGCAUAAACCAUUGCAGCAUCACUACAUCAGAAGGACUUGGAAACAGCAGAGACGGUUUCCACUCGAUUCACAAUCGUUUCUCCAGUUUUCACGCCUCUCAGUGCGGUUUUUGCACACCUGGAAUGUGUGUUUCUCUCUACUCGGCUCUCUUAGACUCUGAAAAGACUGAAUCUUCUUCUGAGUUUACUGUUCUUGAGGCCGAGAAAGCUGUCUCUGGAAACUUAUGUCGGUGCACUGGAUACCGUCCAAUUGUUGAUGCUUGCAAGAGCUUUGCCUCUGAUGUUGACAUUGAGGAUCUUGGUUUCAACUCUUUCUGCAAGAAAGGUGAUUCCAAUAAGAGUUUACCUCCGUUUAAUAGUAAGAAGCAUGUCUGUACAUUUCCAGAGUUUCUCAAGGAUGAGAUUAAGUCUACGGAUUUUGGAAUGUACUGAUGGUGUAGCCCGACGAGUGUUGAGGAGCUUCAAAGGUUAUUGGGAGCUUGUAAGGCUAAUGGUAAUGGAGUUUCUAUAAAAUUGGUUGCUGGUAAUACUGGUACAGGAUACUAUAAGGAUGAAAGAGAGCGUAAUUACGACAAAUACAUAGAUAUAACUAGAAUACCGGAGAUGAAAGCGAUAAGAGAAAACAAGAAUGGGGUUGAGAUAGGAGCUGUGGUAACAAUAUCUAAAGUAAUUGCUGCUCUAAAGGUGAUUCGGGUCUCGCCUGGAGUUGAGAAGAUGUUUGGGAAACUUGCUAUUCAUAUGGAGAUGAUUGCCGCUAGGUUUAUUAGGAACUUUGGUAGCAUUGGUGGAAACCUUGUAAUGGCUUAGAGGAAACAGUUUCCUUCUGACAUGGCUACAAUACUUCUUGCAGCUGGUGCAUCGGUUAACAUUAUGAGCUUGUCAAGAGGAAUUAAAAAGCUAUCAGUGGAAGAGUUUCUUCAGGGACCUCCUCUCGAGGCUUUUGAUCUGGUUUUGAGUAUUGUAAUUCCAUUUUGGCAUUCUGAAACAAACUCUGAGUUGCUCUUUGAAACAUAUUGAGCUGCACCGCGUCCACAAGGAAGCGCUCUGGCUUAUUUGAAUGCUGCUUUCUUGGCUGAAGUGAAUGAUACGAAGGUGAUUAACUGUAGAUUGGCUUUUGGUGCUUACGGGACCAAAUACGCCAUUAGGUGUAAGGAAGUUGAGGAGUUCCUCUCUGGGAAAGUAAUCACUGAAAAUGUUCUGUAUGAAGUCAUUACCUUACUUGGCAAUAUCGUUCUGCCUCAAAACGAUACAACCAAUCUUGCUUACAGGUCAAGCUUGGCGCCGGAUUCCUUUUCGAGUUCUUUUCGAGUCAUACAACAGAAAAAAACUUCAAAUGGUUACCACUUGGAUCCUCCAAAACCGUUGCCAAUGUUGUCUUCUACACAAAUUGUUCCUGUAAACGACGAAUUCUAUCCCGUUGGGGAGCCUGUUACUAAAUCUGGAGCUUCCCUUCAAGCUUCUGGUGAGGCUGUUUAUGUGGACGACAUUCCAGCUCCCAAAAACUGCCUCUUUGGAGCUUUCAUCUAUAGCAAAAAGCCAUACACACGGAUAAAAGUUAUUCAUUUCAAGGAAAACUCUGUACCUGAUGAUAUUCUUGCAAUUAUUUCUUGCAAGGAUGUUCCUAAAGGUGGACAGAAUGUUGGUAUGAAGUUUGCAUUUAGCACUGAGCCCUUAUUCGCAGAGGAGGUCACCACUUGUGUAGGCCAGUCCAUUGCCCUCGUGGUUGCAGAUACGCAGAGAAAGGCGGAUACUACAGCCAAUCUUGCAGUAGUUACAUACAAAACAGAGGAUUUGGAACCACCAAUCUUGUCUAUGGAAGAAGCAGUCAAGAAAUCUAGUUUGUUCGAGAUUUUCCCUUUCUUAUACCCACAACAAGUUGGAGACACAUCAAAAGGAAUGGCUGAAGCCGAUCAUCGCAUUCUCAGCUCGGAUAUUACACUCGGCUCGCAAUACUUCUUCUACAUGGAGACGCAAACAGCUCUGGCAAUGCCAGAUGAAGACAACUCCAUUUUAGUUUAUAGCUCAUGUCAGACCCCUCAAUAUGUACACUCCACUGUCGCUGCUUGCCUAGGCAUCUCUGAAAAAAAAGUCUCUAUCAUAACAAGACGUGUCGGUGGUGGUUUUGGAGGAAAAGCUGUCAAAGCAAUGCCAGUUGCAACAGCGUGCGCUGUUGCUGCUAAUAAACUACAGCGUCCUGUGAGGACCUAUGUAAACCGCAAGACAGAUAUGAUCAUGACUGGUGGGAGGCAUCCCAUGAAGAUAACCUACAAUGUGGGAUUCAGAUCCACAAGGAAGAUCACAGCUUUGGAGCUAGAAAUACUGAUUGAUGCUGGAGCAACUCUUGGACUAAGUAUGUUAAUGCCAUCAAAUAUCAUAGGGGCGCUAAAGAAGUACAAUUGGGGAGCCUUAUCUUUUGAUUUCAAGCUUUGUAAAACAAAUCUUCUAAGCAAAGCAAUCAUGAGAGCACCAGGGGAUGUGCAGGGUACCUAUAUCGCUGAAUCCAUAAUCAAAAAUGUAGCCUCUAGUCUCUCCUUAGAAGCUGAUACCAUAAGAAAGAUUAAUCUCCAUACAUAUGAGAGCUUAGCCCUUUUCUACAAGGAUGGUGCUGGUGAACCACAUGAGUAUACUGUUUCUUUGACGUGAGAUAAACUGGGUGUAUCUUUAAACUUUGAGGACCGGAUUUCGAGUGUCAGAGCGUUCAACGAGUCUAACAUAUGGAGAAAACGAGGGAUAUCCCGAGUACCCAUCACUUAUGAAGUCUCCAUGUUUGCAACUCCAGGGAGAGUAAGCGUUUUGAGCGAUGGCUCGAUCGUUGUUGAAGUUGGUGGAAUCGAGCUUGGACAAGGGCUAUGGACAAAGGUGAAGCAAAUGAAUGGUUAUGCUCUUGGUUUGCUCCAAUGCAAUGGAACUGAAGAGCUCAUGGGGAAGAUAAGAGUUGUACAAUCAGAUACAUUGAGCAUGGUCCAAGGAAUCUUUACAGGAGGUAGCACAACAUCUGAGGGAAGCUGCGCAGCUGUUCGUCUCUGCUGUGAAACCUUAGUCGAAAGACUGAAACCUCUAAAGACAACGUUAAUGGAGAAAUCGGGUGGUUCAAUCAGCUGGAAUGAGUUGAUUUCUCAGGCCUAUGCUCAGUCUGUGAACUUAUCAGCUAGUGACUUGUAUACUCCAGAAGAAACUCCUACGAAAUACCUGAAUUACGGUGUUGCAGUUAGUGAGGUUGAAGUAGACCUUGUGACGGGGAAAACCACGGUUCUACAGACAGAUAUCUUGUACGACUGUGGCAACAGUCUCAAUCUAGCUAUCGAUUUAGGACAGAUUGAAGGAGCUUUUGUGCAAGGGCUUGGAUUUUUCAUGCUUGAAGAGUACAUAACUGAUUCGGAUGGACUCGUUGUGACAGACAGCACAUGGAUACCGACCAUAGACACCAUUCCUAGGCAGUUCAACGUCGAGAUACUAAAUAGCGGCUGCCAUGAAAAACGCGUACUCUCUUCUAAAGCUUCAGGAGAGCCUCUGUUGCUACUGGCUGCUUUGGUGCACUGAGCCACAAGAGAGGCGAUUAAAGUAGCAGGCUAACAGCUAAGGAUGUGGAAAUGUGAGGUUGGUUUGGAUUCAAUGUUUCAGUUGCCAGUUCCGGCUACAAUGUCCGUUGUGAAGGAGUUAUGUGGCCUAAAUAUCGUUAAAAGCUAUUUGGAGUGGAAAUUAAGAGUUACCUCAAGAUCAUGA